UAACUGGUCUAUGGCUGGAGGUCAUGGCAGGGGUCACCGGCAUCACCGGGUUACAUUCAUUUUGUCCAAAUUACAAAUGUGCUAUAAACAGUUGAUAGAAUAGCUUUUUGCAAUUUUUGUUCAUUACUUAAAAUUAUCGGUCCAAUUUCGACGAUAUCAACAUAUUGAAAUUUGAAAGAAAAACAAUAACCUCUAACUAUAAAUAAUGGUACCUUCCAAGUAGAAAUUUAUCUCAUGUUGAAUCAAUUUUUCAAUUACAUACAAAAUGAAAACUAGCCGACCUGAACUCCAACCCGGGUCACCGACCCCAUUAACUUUUCAACUUCCAUAUAAGCGCCGUUCAUUUUUGUGUUGAUGUUGUUACUGUUUUAUUUAACCUCAAACUGUUUGUUGGUUAAAGUUGAUUAUAUAGGCUACUUUUAAAAGAUUAGUUAUCACAUUUCUUAGAUCUUAACAGUUUAAAUUUUUUAAUAAACUACAUAAUUGUUAUAAAAUAAUAGUUCUCUGGUUGAAAGCAAUUCAAAUUUAUGUUAACUGAUUCAGUUAUGACUUUCAAUCAACAUUUACAGGAAAUAAUUAUUACAAAUAAAACCUCUGAUUAAAUUAUAAUGAUUAUAUUCAUACUUCAUGUUUGAAAAACGGUCAAAGUUUAUAUUAUUAUAUGAUAUAAGCUAACUUGUUUUACUUGGUAAUAGAAAUCAAAUUGUAUUUGUGUGUGUGAUUCAUGAGACGCACUUUCACUCAUUAAACACUUUUUCUCAAUAAACAUUUCCAGAAUUCUCUGAAUACUGAUAACCAUUGGAAGCAAGUUUAAAUAGACAAUAAGUAUUUAUAAUUUUGCUGCUGAAAUAAUGGUUACCCUUCCUAGAAUCGCAGUGGUUGGAAGUGGACCAGCAGGAUUCUAUGUUACUCAACAGAUUUUGAAGCGUAGCAAAGAAGCAAAAGUCGAUUUAUACGACAGACUACCUGUGCCUUUUGGUUUGGUGAGAUACGGAGUUGCCCCAGACCAUCAAGACGUCAAAAACUGUAUAAAUCAGUUCACCAAAACUGCUAAAAAUCCAAACGUGCGAUUCAUCGGAAACGUUCAGUUGGGAAGAGACGUAAGUCUCAAACAGUUGAAAGAUGCUUAUCAUUCUGUUGUUCUGGCUUACGGAGCUGACAGUGAUAAGGAAUUUGGCAUACCCGGUGAGAGUUUGCGGAACGUGAUAUCGGCCAGAUCGUUUGUUGGUUGGUACAAUGGCCUGCCGGAAGACCAGGGACUUGUGCCUGACCUGAGCUGUGAGGAUGUAGUCGUGCUCGGACAGGGGAAUGUUGCCAUCGAUGUGUCUCGUGUUCUGCUCAAAUCAGUUGAUGUACUCAAGACGUCAGAUAUAACAGAAAACGCAUUGGAAAUACUUUCGAAAAGCCGAGUGAAACGGGUUCAUCUGGUUGGACGAAGAGGUCCCCUGCAAGUAGCAUUCACAAUCAAAGAAUUCAGGGAAAUGGUGAAGUUGCCCAAUGCCACUACUUUGUUCAGACCAGAGCAAUUGGUGGGACUGGAAAGCGUCAUCCCUAGUCUAAAACGUCAACGAGUCCGUUUAAUGCAGCUGAUAGCUGAUACAGGCCGCAAUAAUUUGACUACAGUAGAUUGUGACAAGCUUUUCAAAGUAAUAUUCUUAAGAUCACCUCUUGAAAUACUUGGCGAUAGCUGUGUGUCUGGUGUCAAGCUCUCUGUCAACAAACUUGAAGGAUCUGACAUAAAUAGUCAACACGCUGUUCCAACUGGUGAAUAUGAAAGUAUAAACUGUGGAAUGGUUUUGCGUAGUAUUGGAUACCGUAGUCGACAAGUUGAUGAAUCUGUUCCUUUCGAUACAAAAAAUUGUGUAGCUUUACAGCAACCAGGAUUGUAUUGUGCUGGAUGGCUUGCAAAUGGUCCGACCGGUGUUAUACUAACAACUAUGGCCGAGUCAUUUCUCGUUGGAGAGAAGGUUGCCAACGACAUUAACGAGAAAAUAAUUGAUACAAGCCAGAGUAAACCUGGUUCAGAAUUGAUAUUACAAUCCCUCCAUGAGACAGGUGAGAAUGUAAACAUAUUAAAUUUUAGAAAAUUAAUCCGAAAAUGAAAGAACAAAAGUAUUACACAUAAAU